AUGGCGACGGUACACGACACUCUGCGCUGGUCGUCGCAGUUCACCGUCACCCCUCCACAGCGCACGCCCAAACUCCCCGGAGACAAGAUCAUCCUCCCGCAAUCCGCGCUCGAGCAGCUCCUCGCCGCCGCCCCGCUACAAGAAGUCUCACCGCAGGGCACGAGCACGCCCCCUCGUCCGUACACAAGCACCUUCGACCCGUUCAACCCGCACACCUUCGCCGCCGAGACGCACGCGCGCGAACGCGCCCUCGACCGCCAACAUCACCUCCCCCACCCGCUCACCUUCCGCAUCGUCAACCCGCUCAACAACCGCGUGAUCUACGCGGGUAUCCGCGAGUUCUCCGCGACCGACAACGAAGUAUGUCUGAGCGGGGUGCUGCGGGACGCCCUUGGGAUCGACGAUGCGCGGCCCGCAGAGGCCGACGAUGCGACGGGCCCGCCGCCGACGGUGACGGUGCAUGCGCAGCAGCUCCCGAAAGGCACGUACGUGCGACUGCGGCCGCUAGAGGCCGGGUACGACCCGGAGGACUGGAAGGCGCUGCUGGAGCGGCAUCUGCGGGAUAACUACACGACGCUGACGACGGGGGAGGUGCUGGAUGUGUCUGGGGGCCGGGAGGAGUCGUUCCGGUUUCUGGUGGACAAGGUCGAGCCCGAGGGGGAUGGUAUCUGUGUGGUGGACACGGAUUUGGAGGUGGAUAUCGUUGCGUUGACAGAGGAGCAGGCGCGCGAGACGCUGCGCAAGCGGCUGGAGAAGGCGUCGCGGGCGCCGGGCACGAGGACCGGGUCCUCGAUUGGCGGGGUGCUUAGGGUGGGGGAGGAGGUUGCGGGACAGGUUGUGCCUGGAGAGUAUGUCGACUACGAGGUUCAGAAAUGGGACCGAGAUGGGCCUGUGAGCGUGGAGGUGGAGGGCGUCGAGGACGCGGAGGUGUACCUGUUCGUCAGUCCGUUGUCUGCGCGGCAGAGGAGUCGACCGAGGGACGAUGAGCAUGUGUUUGGCGAGUUCUCCAGCCGCGCGUCGAAGCGCAUCAGCAUUCGGCCGACGAAUGUGGAACUGGAGGGCGCGGAGGCGCUCUACAUAGCUGUGCAUGCGCCUUCAGCUUCGGAUGAUACUACAGAGUCGACGUCGCCUGUACGGUAUACGCUGCGGGUUGGAACGGCGUCCGACGAGGAGCAGACAACAGAGACGGGGGAGACUCAUGACCCAGAAGACGUCCAGUGCAAGAACUGUCUCCAGUGGGUGCCCCAGCGGACGCUGAUGCUGCACGAGAACUUCUGUCUCCGAAACAAUGUGGUCUGCACGCAGUGCCACAACGUCUUCCAGAAGAGGUCGCCCGAAUGGCAGAACCACUGGCAUUGCCCCCAUGAUUCAUCCCACGGCAACGAUGACGCCAGCAGGCACCGUCACGACAGCAUCUUCCACACGCAACGAUCCUGUCCCGCCUGCGGCGUCUCGACCAACGGCCUCCCCCAGCUCGCCCGUCAUCGCACAACAGACUGUCCAUCCAAGCCGAUCCUAUGCCAAUUCUGCCACCUGGUCGUGCCCCAAAAGAGCGAGACCGACCCGGACCUACACGACCCCGAAGUCCUCGUCUCCGGACUCACGCCUCACGAGCUCGUCGACGGCGGCCGCACAACCGAGUGCCACCUCUGCAACAAGAUCAUCCGCCUACGCGAUAUGAAGACCCAUCUGCGCCACCACGACCUGGAGCGACUCUCCCGCCCGACGCCGCGUGUCUGUCUGAACCAGAACUGCGGCCGCACGCUGGACGGCCGGGGCGCCCAGAGCGCCGUCAGCCCGGGCACCGACACCCUCGGCCUGUGCAGUAUCUGCUUCGGGCCGCUGUACGUGGACACGUACGACCCCGAGGGCAAGGCGCUCCGCCGCCGCAUCGAGCGCCGUUACCUCUCGCAGAUGAUGACCGGGUGCGGGAAACCCUGGUGUCAGAACGAGUAUUGCAAGAACGGGCGAGUCGCGCGGGGCGGAGCGGACGCGGCGCCGUCGGCGAGCGCCGCGAAUAUCCUCGCCUCCAUCCGGCCGCUGGUCUCGGCCGUCAUUAUCCACGGUGACGUGCCGAACUCGGCGCCGUUCUACUUCUGCGCCGAUCAGGCGGGCCAGCAGCGCCGUGUGCUGGCGGAGAUGAUUGCUGCCGAGGACGCUGCCGCCGGUGGCAAGUCGUAUGACCUGCCGUGUAAUGCUUGCUUGCAUGCUUGCUUGUCAACCAACACAAAAUCCUAUCUAACCGCAGCCCACUUCCACCCAUCAAACAGCCCCCGUCUUCGCCGCAAGGGUCCCGCUCCCCCUAGACGAGAAAAUGCCCAUAAUACCAAAAACCACAUAAAACAACGCCAGCGGGUACGCAACCAGCCCCCUCAUACCGCGCAUGCGCGCCACCGCACAGAACAUGCCCGACGAGCUAUACGUGCACCACCCGACCGCCGCGGUCGUCAAAAGAUACCCGAACAUCGUAUCCAUGGGGAUCAAGAUACCCACCAGACUGGUCAGGACGAGCGGCAGGAAACAGUACCCGAGGACGCUGGCGGAGCGCGGGAACGUCAGGGUGGCAGAGAAAUGGCCGGCGGCGGACGCGUCCGAGAGGGUCGGCUUGUGAUGGGGAUCGUAGUUUGCCGGGUCGGCGGCGUUGGGAGAGGGGCUGGGGGCGUCGAGGGCGGGCGACAUGAGGCUGAGGAUGAGGUGGAGGGCGACAGUGCCGAAGACGGCGACGCCGUAGAUGUAGCCGUAGAAGACCUUGCCGGAGAGCAGGAGGAAGGUGCCGUAGAGAACGAUGUAGAGCAGGGCGCCGUAGAGGUCGCUGUCGUCCAUGAGGUGCUGGUCGAUGCGGGCGAAGGGGUUGAGCACAGUCAAUGUCUGAUCAGGGUCAGCGAGUCUAUUCCCCAUUUGUCUGUUUAA